GACAGAUUCAAAAUCAAUUUUUUUAAUAAUUAUGUAAAAUAUUGAGAUUUUCUAUAAUUAAGUUACAAACCGUGAAUUUAUAUCGUUUGACCUAUUUUUUGAAUUACUAUAUUUUUGUAAGAAAACGUAUUUUCCCUUUUAACCCUCUAUUUCUCUCUAUAAAAUCCAUUUUUUUUUUCUCAUUUUGCCGAAUAAAAUUUCUUUAAAUUAAAUCCCAAAUUUUCAGCCGAUUAAUUGAAUUUCAAAUUCAAUGUCGAUAUGGAGUCGAAACGACGAUAAAUUAUUUGAAAACGCGUUAGUUUUAUACCCCGAAAAUAUCGCCGAUCGGUUUCAAUUAAUCGCCGAUUAUGUACCUGGAAAAUCAAUCGAUGAUAUUAUGGCUCAUUAUGAUGACCUUGUUCAUGAUGUAUUUGAAAUUGAUUCGGGUCGGAUCGAAUUUCCGGGUUAUACCGAUGAUGAUUCGGGUCGGGUUGAAUUGGAAGGUCAUUCGGGUCGGGUUGAAUUAGAAGGUGAUUCGGGUCGGGUUUCGGCUGAAAGGAAAAAGGGGACUCCAUGGACUGAAGAAGAACACCGGUUAUUCCUUAUCGGGCUGGAAAAAUACGGGAAGGGCGACUGGAGAAGCAUUUCAAGAAACGUGGUUGUAUCAAGGACGCCAACACAAGUAGCUAGUCAUGCGCAAAAAUACUUCAUUAGACAACAGGCAAUGAAGAAAGAACGAAAAAGGUCCAGCAUCCACGAUAUUACAACUGCAGUGGAUACCAACACAGUGCCUCCUCAAAGUAGCUUACAAAACCAAAGAGGCACUCAAAACUUCAACUUCGCACAGUAGAGGUGAGUAGCAGGAAACAAAACGAAACACUCAUACCUGUACAUACAAGGUGGCCCCCCUGCAUACGAUGCUCGAACUUGUGAAGUUUAAUAUUUUCUAGUUGACAGUUGAUUUUAGUUAGUGAAUCCGGGAGCUUAAAGAUCGAUCUUUUUCCCAAUGCUAGCAGAACUGUUGAUGAUGAAAUUGUUGGCAAAAUGGUUGAAGAACAGAAUGGUGUUAAACUUUUUUAGCCUGAAUGUCGAUGUGUUCACUAGUUUGUGUUC